AUGCUUAACACAUCAUCAAGGUCAUUUGCCAGAUUGGUCAAGUCUGGUAACCAACUGUUACAACAUAGAUAUGCAAGACCAAGCAACAAGAUGGCCAUCACAACAACAACAUCGACAUCGACAUUAAAGUCAAUAUCAACAACAGGUCAACACAUAACAAACAUCACAAAGUCAUCAUUAUCAUUAUCAAUAUACAUCAAUAACAAUGGACGCAAUAACUACUCAACAGCAACUACUCAGUCAGAUUCAUCAGAAGUACUUAGAAAGUUGAUUACACCUGAACAAAAGAUACUGUUUGAGAAGAAUACAACAUUGUUGGAAGCAUUGGAAAAGGAUUUGUUGUACUUUAACGCGCCAGAGGACUCACGUCAAUUGAUAAAGGAUGCGAUUGAACAGCUAAAGGACCAACAGUUCUUAUUGGUGGUGGUCGGCGAGUUCAACAGUGGCAAGAGCUCAUUCCUCAACGCACUACUUGGCAACACAUUCUUAAAGGAGGGAAUCACUCCAACAACGUCCAAGAUCAACAUUCUCAAGUAUGGCGACGCAGUGCACUGUGCCGCUGGACGCAGUAACGAGGAGGAAGUGAUCAAACUGCCCGUACCAUGGCUGCACGACAUCUCGCUGGUGGAUACGCCCGGCACAAACGCCGUCGUCAAGGGCCAUCAGCAGAUCACCGAGCACUUCAUCCCGCGCUCUGACAUGGUGCUGUUUGUGACGUCGGUCGACCGCGCGUUCAGCGAGAGCGAGCGCAGCUUCCUCGCCAACAUCCGCGCGUGGCGAAAGAAGAUUGUGGUCGUGCUGUCCAAGGCCGACCUGAUCGAGCACAACCCAAUGUCGGACGCGGCGGCUGACCUGGCAGAGGUGACCAAGUUUGUGCAGGAGAACUUCAACAAUCUGCUCGGUGUCAGUCCCGUGCUGUUCCCAGUGAGCUCCAAGUUGGCGCUCAAGGCCAAGCUCACCGUGGCCAAGGAGGUGCCACCCCAACAGGAAGACUUUGGUGAGCACCUGGCACAGAACAGCAUGUGGCGCGCAAGUAAGUUCGCUGCGCUCGAACGCUACAUAUUACACACUCUUGACAGCUCGCAACGCGCCAAGCUCAAGCUACUCAACCCACUGGGCGUGUCGGAGAACAUCUUGCACUCAUUCACUGCUGACUUGGCCGAGCGCGCCAAGGUGCUCACUGUCGACCAAAAGAUCAUGCAGAACGUCGAAGAGCAACUGGACGCGUUCCGCAAGGAGCUGCACAAGGACCUCGAGUUCCAUCUGCAGCGCAUCGACAACAAUCUACUCAAGAUGGAGACGCGCGCUGACGCCUUCCUCGACGACAACAUCCGCCUGACCAACGCGCUGGCCCUGCUGCGCACACAGGAGAUGAAGCUGCGCUUCGAGAAGGAGGUCGUGGGCAACACGAUGAACGAGAUCGAGGCCAACAUCUCGACCCUGAUCGAUUGGAUCGUCGAGAAGAAUGCCAAGCAAUGGCACAACAUCAUGGACUACAUUGACUCGCGCUCAUCAUCACGUCUCGAGCGACUUAUUGGCAAUGUGAAUCGCAACGGCGACUUUUUGCACACACGAUCAAUGCUGCUGCAGAACAUUGGUGAGAGCACAUCCAAGGCAUUGUCCGUGUACAACAAGGAGAAUGAGGCAACAAAGAUCACACAAGAGAUUAGAGACACACUGUUCCGCACGGCUGCCAUCGAAGUUGGAGCAGUUGGCCUUGGUACCAUCUUGACCGCAUCACUCCUUGACGUCUCUGGCAUCAUUGGAAUGGGAGUCUUGGCCAUUGGUGGUCUUGGACUACUUCCACUCAAGAAGUCUGCACUCAAGAAGUCUGUUCAUUCAAAGGUACGCGAUCUAAGACAUGAGUUGUCAACUAUAAUGAAUCAUCAUUUUGAGACAGAGUUGGAACAUGGAAUACAGAAGAUGAAGGAUGGAAUCAGUCCCUUUAGCAAUUAUAUUAUUGCCGAGAAUGACAAGUUGAACCAAUCUCAUAUCAAGUUGCAAAAGUAUAACGAGACCAUCUCCAAUCUGAAAGAGGAGAUCGAAUUGUUGAAGUAA